GUCUACAGUCACGGUUGCAGGUUUGGUUCUAGGCCUGUAAUUUGCCAUUUUGUGACGCCUCGGAAAGGAUUUCAAGUAAACAGUCUUUGCAGUUGCUUGUCUGCGAGGACACAAGAAUUAUGUCGAAACGUAGGAUUGAUGUUGUUGACCCUUAUGUCAAAAGAAGAACAAUUGGAUCAACAUCCAAUAAUGUGCCUGCAACUCCAACUGACUCAAAAAGUCAAGUUCAAAUUAAUCCCUAUAAUGGACUACCUUAUACCCCACGGUAUUAUGAAUUGCAUAAAAAGAGGGUAACACUACCUGUGUUCGAAUAUCGUCCUGAUUUCAUGAGGCUUUUAGAAAAUCAUCAGUGUAUAGUGCUUGUAGGAGAAACAGGCUCAGGAAAAACAACACAAAUACCACAAUGGUGUGUACAGUAUUCAAGAAAAAUGGGAGCCAAGGGCGUAGCAUGUACUUCACCAAGAAGAGUAGCAGCAAUGUCUGUUGCUCAAAGAGUUUCAGAAGAAAUGGAUGUUUGCUUAGGUCAAGAAGUUGGAUAUAGUAUCCGUUUUGAAGACUGCAGUUCUUCAAAGACCAUGUUGAAAUAUAUGACGGAUGGUAUGCUUCUACGUGAGGGCAUGUCUGAUCCAAUGCUUGAAGCAUAUCAAGUAAUUUUACUUGACGAAGCUCAUGAAAGAACUUUAGCUACUGAUUUACUUAUGGGUGUUUUAAAAGAAGUGAUUAAGCAAAGACCAGAUUUAAAGCUUGUUAUUAUGAGUGCAACUUUAGAUGCUGGAAAGUUUCAACAGUAUUUUGAUAAUGCACCACUUAUGAAUGUACCUGGUAGGACGCAUCCAGUUGAAAUUUUUUAUACGCCAGAACCAGAAAGAGAUUAUUUAGAAGCUGCGAUUAGAACAGUUAUUCAAAUACAUGUAUGCGAAGAAGUGAGUGGAGACUUACUUUUAUUUUUAACUGGCCAAGAGGAGAUCGAAGAAGCUUGCAAAAGAAUCAAAAGAGAAAUGGAUAAUUUAGGUCCCGAAGUUGGUGAACUUAAAUGUAUUCCAUUAUAUUCAACAUUACCUCCCAAUCUUCAACAAAGGAUUUUUGAACCUGCUCCUCCAAAUAAACCUAAUGGUGCUAUAGGUCGAAAAGUUGUAGUAUCAACUAAUAUAGCAGAAACAUCGUUAACAAUAGAUGGUGUUGUCUUUGUAAUUGAUCCUGGUUUUGCCAAACAGAAGGUUUAUAACCCCAGGAUUCGUGUAGAGUCACUUCUUGUAUCUCCAAUUAGUAAAGCUUCUGCGCAACAGCGUGCCGGUCGUGGAGGUCGUACACGUCCAGGGAAAUGUUUUAGGCUAUACACAGAAAAGGCAUAUAAAAAUGAAAUGCAGGAUAACACUUAUCCAGAAAUUUUGCGAUCUAAUCUUGGUAGCGUUGUAUUGCAACUAAAGAAGUUGGGCAUAGAUGAUUUGGUACAUUUUGAUUUUAUGGAUCCACCAGCACCUGAAACUUUAAUGAGAGCAUUAGAGCUUCUUAACUAUUUGGCCGCUCUCGAUGAUGAUGGAAAUUUGACAGAUCUUGGAGCAGUAAUGGCAGAAUUUCCAUUGGAUCCACAACUAGCCAAAAUGUUAAUUGCUUCUUGCAAUCACAACUGUAGCAAUGAAAUACUUAGCAUUACUGCUAUGCUUUCAGUCCCACAGUGUUUUGUGAGGCCGAAUGAAUCAAAGAAGGCAGCUGAUGAUGCCAAAAUGAGAUUUGCGCACAUCGACGGUGAUCACUUGACAUUGCUCAAUGUCUACCAUGCAUUUAAACAAAAUUUGGAAGAUCCACAAUGGUGUUAUGAUAAUUUUGUUAAUUACCGAUCUUUGAAAAGCGGAGAUAAUGUCAGACAGCAAUUAAGUAGAAUAAUGGAUAGGUUUUCUUUGAAACGAACUUCUACUGAUUUUACAUCGAAAGAUUAUUAUAUAAAUAUCAGGAAAGCCCUUGUUAAUGGUUUCUUCAUGCAGGUGGCUCAUUUAGAAAGAACAGGCCAUUAUUUAACAAUUAAAGAUAAUCAAAUUGUCCAGCUACAUCCAAGCACUUGUUUAGAUCACAAACCAGAAUGGGUGAUUUAUAAUGAAUUUGUACUCACAACCAAAAAUUAUAUUAGAACAGUAACUGAUAUUAAACCCGACUGGUUACUGAAAAUAGCACCGCAAUAUUAUGAUCUACAAAACUUUCCUCAAUGUGAAGCUAAAAGGCAAUUAGAAACUAUUCAAAACAAGCUUGAUUCGAAACAGUAUACAGAAGGAUUCUAACCUCUAUACAUGUUAGAUAUAUUGAAAUAUCAUAUAACAUGGCUGAAAAUUGUCGAUCAAAUAAUAAAUGACACUAAGAAAGACAUAUAAUUGAUUGGAAUAUCAAAAUCUAAAUAUGUCACAUAACCGAUUAGAAAAUGUGACUUGAGAGUAAUGUUUCUUGCUCUUCAAUUUCAUCUUUAUAAAAUGUGAUGC